AUGCUACAUUUGGCUGGGUUUACAUGUUGCUUAGGCGGCGUCGCUCUUUAUCUUCUCAGCCGGAGCACUGGCAGAGUUGUCGAUUCAAUCAAUAAGGUUUACCACCUCAAGGAUUUGGAAAAAUUGGUAGAAGAAGAGAGCAAGGUGUUACCUUUGGUCAUAGUAUCAGGAAGUCUUGGCUCUGAGACACCUAUUAAGUGUGACCACAGCGACCUACUCGGUGUUUUUGUCAAGAAAACGGCAGAACAACAGGUUUUGAGUCGUAAUUGGAGGUUUUCAUGGGUUCAAGAUAGUACAUUUAUGCAGCCCAUUACUAAGGAAGUCCCGUGGUAUCUGGACGAUGAGACAGGUCGUGUGGAUGUAGCUGUAUCUCAAGGUGAAAUAGGCUUGGCGUUGACGGUUGGAAGUGAUGUAUUCGAAAAGUCAGAGCCGGUAUCGCUUGUUCAAAGAAUGUUGGAUUAUCUUAAAGGCCUUCAGAUACUUGGGGUAAGACGCAUUGAGCAUAUUGUCCCAAUUGGUACACCGCUUACAGUUGUUGGUGAGGCUGUUAAGGAUGGCAUGGGGAAUGUCAGGAUUCAAAAACCUGAGCAAGGACCUUUCUACGUCUCUUCUAUACCGCUCGAUCAGCUCUUCUCUAAAUUGGGAGAAUGGUCAAGGAGGUUCAAGUAUGCCUCCAUUGGUUUAACUGUUCUUGGUGUGAUUCUUCUUACAAAGCCUGUGAUUAAAUAUACUCUAAAGAGAAUUGAAUAUAUUCGAGAGAGAAGGCGGCGGCAGCGGCAGUUGUCACUGGAUAGAGUUGUUAAUACAGCUCCUACUCCUAGGAGAGCCGAACCUAAUAGCUCAGGUGGAACAAGCAGAGAUGGCGAUACACCUGAUCUUUGUGUGGUUUGCCUGGACCGGAAGUAUAACACCGCUUUUGUUCAGUGUGGUCAUAUGUGCUGCUGCAUAACAUGCGCCUCGCAACUGAGGAUAUGUCCUCUUUGCCGGGAACGAAUAGAACAAGUUCUGAAAAUUUACCGCCAUUGA